CACAGGAUUAGCAUCCAGAUCUAGAAUCUAAAACCUUUUAAAUUCAGUUUCUAGUCUAACAAGAUGAUCAGUGCCAAGAAGCUCCUGAAAUUGGCAAAGAAGUGGCAGAAGUUGGCUGCUAUCAGGAGAAAACGAAUCACAUCCCCAAACACCAUCGCAAGUGUUGAUUCAAUCAGUUGCAGCACAUCUACAAAAGCUGAGAAAGGCUGUUUUGCUGUGUACUGUGCAGAUCAAAAACGAUUUCUGCUUCCUCUGGAAUAUCUUAACAAUGAAAUAAUCAAAGAGCUAUUCGACAUGGCAGAGGAAGAGUUCGGAUUGCCUAGCAAGGGGCCUCUCACAUUCCCAUGCGACGCAGAGCUUAUGGAAUAUGCAAUUUCUUUAGCGAACGAAAAAAGCGUUCAUCCUGGACACUUCGUGCCUCGAUCAAAAUGUCUAAUCAAAACGAAGGUUACUAGAGAUGUGGAACAAGCAUUGCUGACCGCCAUAGCUAGCAGUUGCUCAUCAUCUUUCCAUCAUCUCCAACAUCAAGCAACAACCCACCAAUUACCAAUUUGUAGCUUCUGAAAUAGAUACAAUCAAAUCUGUGAACAUAGAUUACGAAGUGUACAUUAAUAUACACCAUCAAGAUUCUCAAAA